ACUUUCAUUGAGUCACGUGGUCUUAUUCCACGUGUUGCACCAGGAAGUGCCACACUUGUCAACAUUCAUACAUUUACAGUAAAUCAUCACAUCUAUUUCUACAACUUUAUCCGAAUUUUACCUUAUUCUAAUUUUAAACAACAAUGGCAGACGAAGUUUCGUGCUUGAAGGCACGGCUCCUGGACAAGGAGACGGAGUUAGACGUUUUGAAGAAAAAAUUGGCGCAAUAUGAGAAGAACGAGAAGCCAUGUAUCGAAUUGAUUGACAAAGUUACAACUCUGACCCCUCUGGAGUCCAAACCUCUAUCAAACGAGGACAUCAUGCGCUACAGCAGACAGCUUCUUCUACCAGAGCUCGGCGUCCGAGGUCAGAAGAACCUCUCCCAGAGCUCUGUACUGGUGGUUGGAUGUGGAGGACUGGGAUGCCCGCUGGCACAGUAUCUAGCUGCAGCAGGGAUUGGGCGUCUGGGCCUGCUGGACUAUGACGAAGUGGAGCUCAGUAACCUCCACAGACAAGUGCUGCAUAGAGAGGAGAGCCAAGGCCAGGCCAAGGCCCUGUCUGCUGCCACUGCUGUCAACAGGCUGAACUCGACCGUGGAGUGCAUACCCUACAACCUUCAGCUCUCUUCUGAGAAUGCUCUGCAACUGAUCCAACAGUAUGACAUCGUGGCCGACUGCUCGGACAACGUGCCCACCCGCUACCUGGUGAACGACGCCUGCGUGAUCAGCCGCAAGCCCCUCGUGUCAGCCAGCGCCCUGAGAAUGGAGGGACAGCUGACGGUGUAUAACUACAGAGGAGGGCCAUGCUACAGGUGUCUGUACCCCGUGCCCCCUCCAGCCGAGACGGUGACCAACUGCUCUGACGGAGGGGUCCUUGGAGUGGUUCCAGGAAUUAUGGGAUGUCUCCAAGCUCUGGAGGUCAUCAAGAUUGCGUCUGGACAAGGAUCUUCCUGCGGGCAGCAGCUGGUGAUGUUUGACGCUCUGGACACCAGGUUCAGGUCCAUCAGGCUGCGGCCCAGGCAGCCCGAGUGCGCCGUGUGUGGGGAGAAACCCUCAGUCACCCAGCUGGUGGACUAUGAGGCCCUCUGUGGUUCUGCAGCCACCGACAAGUGCCGCAGACUCAACCUCCUCUCCAAAGAUCAUAGGAUCACGGUGCAGGAGUAUAAAGCGGUCGUGGACAAUGCAUCCUCCCAUCUCCUGUUGGAUGUGCGCCCUCCCGUGGAGGUCGAUAUAUGCCGGCUACCCAUCUCCCUCAACAUUCCGCUCUCCAGCCUGCAGCAGGGGAAGGGCGGCCAUCUCCAGUUACUCCGGGAGAGCAUCAGCCAAUCCAAAGGGCAGAUGUCGGGAGACGGCCCGCUUCCAGUCUAUGUCAUCUGUAAGCAGGGGAAUGACUCCCAGAAGGCUGUUCAGCUCCUGGAGAAGAUGAGCACAUCAGAAUUGGAUGAAAUCACUGUCAAAGAUAUUUGUGGGGGACUCAUGGCCUGGUCCCAAAAGAUUGACCCGGAAUUUCCACAAUAUUGAGUUGCUGAUUUCAAUGUGUAUAUUCUUGUUGCCAUAGUUAAUAAAUGAAUUGUAGCCUAC